ACAGAUUGGUGGCAUCCGCGAUAACGAUAAGCCCUAUAUUGGAAAACCAAGAUGGCAAUUCCACAAUCCCAUCAACAUCAACAUCAACAUCAACGCCAUCACCGUUGCAAAUAAUGCCGCCUAAACGUCGCCGCUCAAUCGCGAGCCUCGAUGCCCCUCUCCCAGUUAUUAAGAGGGCUCGCGUUCAAGCUCCACCACAAGCAUCAACGCUUACUUACAACCACAUCGACAAGCUCUCCGACGAACUCCUAAUCCGCAUCCUCCACAUCCUCCCUCUCCCAACCCUCCUCCGCAGCCAACUCGUCUCCUAUCGCUUCUAUCGGCUCUCAUCCGACUCCCAAAUCUGGAAGAACCUCUACUACUCCCGCUUCGUGCUCCCUCGCGCUCUCCGUAUCCCCGGAAUCAAGAACGUGCCACCGCGAGAUGAAGCGCUUGUUUUUAGCUCGCGAAGGAGUAAAUGGCUGAGUGAGGAGGGCCUGGUUAAUCGCCGAGAUGGAAAGAGUACGGAUUGGAAGGGCAGGUAUAAGUUGAGGCAUAAUUGGAGCAGAGGCGUUUGUGAGGUCAGGGAGAUUAAGUUGAGGGAGGAGAGAAGUACCGGGGUGCUCGUUAGGAUGGCGGAGGGGGUUGUGCUGACUGUUGAUGGGCAGGAUGGGUUGAGGGGAUGGGAUUUGAAAGGAAAAGGGUUGAUUGCUAGGUUUGAGCUUGAGUUCGGGGAAGUGCCGACUUGUCUGGCUGUUGAUGAGCAGGAGGGGAAUGGAGAGCUUGGAGUAUCAGUGGGGUUUGAGGAUGGGGGUUGGAUGACUUGUAAGUUGGAUAUUAAGGAGAGGAGCUUCAUUGAGGGUCAUCGACACCCGGCUUCGAGUAAUGGGACUUUGAGUGCGAUUGCGUAUGCGUACCCGUACCUUCUUACCAUUACGCAGGAGCAGCUUCUCUCGUUGUACUCGUUCACUCCGAUCAUUCCAGAGGAGACGGACAUCCCUUCGACUCCAAGCCUUCUUGGUGAAGAAACUGACGACCUCGAGAAAGAUGAUGAUAUUCCCGAGAGAGAACCAGUGCCGAUACCUCAAACUCCUCAGGAAACCGGACAACCAUUACUAUCAGAUCAACCAAGUCAACCACGUCUCCUAGCAUCCCUCAAAUCCCACACCUCCUGGCCACCACUCUCCCUCUCAAUCCGCACAACUCCAACAACACUUAUCGCAAGCAUCGCCUAUACCCUCCAAACCUACACCUCAGGCUAUACCGUCGGUCUCCAAGAACUCCACCUCUCUCUCACAACCGGAAGCGUAAUAUUCUCACGCCUUACAUCCGCCCUCCCGCAAGGCUUUACUUCCAUCCUCGCACCCUCGGCCUCACCAUCUGCAACAUUAAGUUCUGAAACAUCCUCUGCAGCCAGUGCCAGAAGCGAGGCCAGCUGUCCGACUUCUCUCUCUUACUCUCACCCUUACAUUCUGGCUACACAUCCUGAUAACACAUUGACCCUGUACCUCUGCACAUCUACGGCCUCCACACUGAGUAUAACAUCUGGUACGAAGCUCUGGGGCCAUACCUCGUCCGUAUCCUCCGCUGAGAUCACGCCGCGGGGGAAAGCAGUUAGUGUCUCGACGCGAGGUAAUGAGCUGCGCGUGUGGGAACUGGAGGGUGGGCUUGGUGCAAGUUCAUCAUCCAGUGAGCCCAAUGCCGGGUUAAGGAAACAAGGGCGGCGGUCGGGGGUGGAGAAGAGUGUGGUUGUUAGACCAACCCCGAGGAAAGACGAUAAAGACAAUUUAGAUUAUGAUUCCCUGAGGAGAGGUAGUCUGGAUCUCGGGACGGAGGAUGAGAUGGAGGGGUGUAGGAGGUGGGUUGGGUUUGAUGAGGAGGUUGUUAUUGUGUUGAAGGAAGGUGGUGGAGGAAUUGGGAGACAGGCUCUUAUGGUUUAUGACUUUACAUGAACAUAAGAGAUAUUAACAACUUAGAAUAGUAGACAUUUAGAAGUCCUAUUCACGAUUUCUUCAAUGGUAUCCUUUGUUAACUUUGUAAGCGAGCCCUUUUCAGGCUCCUCACAAGGUCUGCGUUAGGUCUGGAAUCUGAACUUCAUAGAGGCUGCAUCACGACUCACUACACCAUUCGCAUCUCUUUCUAUCUAACAAGUGUAGGGAGAACUUGAGCAGACAGAAGAUAGUGCUGCUUCACCGCCUAUGUCAGGACAGUAAUCAGCGCAAUCGCAUUAUCGAUACAGUAGCUCCCACCAACAUUUCCCCUGAAUAGGACUGCGGGCCAACAUUCUUAGUGCUAUGAUUUUAUUCAAAUCAGCAAGACUUUCUUGUUCUACCUCUGGAAAUCUCACAGGUCGUUCCCUUAAUUCCCCGAGUCAUCACUUAAGAAGAAAGUCCCACCAAAUGUCUACCAGGACCUUAAAUAGUAGAUAAACCUGUCCUGGAAUCCAACGGCACGGUCUCUAUCUAACCAACUAGAUGGUGGAAAGUUAGAGAAAUUGCAACUUGCAAGUUAGUCACCGACAAUGAACAACAAGUACAGGAGAUUCAUGAACUCGAACUAGAUUGCGAAAAGGGUAUCAGCCGAAGUGUUCCAGGUAUGGCAGCAUAGCGCCUUAUCAGAAGCACAGAGAGACAUUACCACUAUUGAUUGUAUACCAAGUGUCGUUUGCAACCCAUACGCUGUGGGCGGCUUUAGUCCAAGCAUAACAUCCUGCGGAGAGAGCGAGGGUGGCAGGAAGUAGGAUUGCAAUGAAACGCAUAUUCGAGGAUGGGAGGGAUGGAUGGAAAGAUGAAAUUGGCUGCUAUUGGUUCCAGAUCAUUUGAGUUUUAUAAUCUGGUUAGGGGGAGGACGACGUUGGUGAAGAGAAGAGAGAGGAAUCUCUGGGUUGUCAUCCACUCCUUAUACCUGCAUCUUCAGAAAGGGAACGCUUGUUCGCCUGCCAAUUCAACCUGACAUGGCUACCUUUCACGAAUGUCGUGCUGUAACGAAUUCCAUCCCGAUCAAUGUGGACCAGUACGAAAGUAUCAAUAGCAUUGUCCAACCCGUGUAGUGAGGAGCACGAGGUGGUAGUGAUCGUUCCUUCGUAAAAUGCACAGGCCUCAAAUGGCUGCGAACUGCUAGAUAGCCCUUCGUUCCCCUCAGAAACACUAUUCAGAGGACCGAAAAUAGCCAAUAAGAUAGCGAGAGCCGCAAGUGCUAAGUAUACGGCCUGGAGUAAUGGUAUGGGCUGUUGCGUGGAUUGUCAAAUGUGUGGUCGGAAAGUGUAUAGAUACCGUAAUACUA